UCAGCUGUGUCCAAUCACAGCUGAUCACAUGGCACCGAUGAUCAGUGUGCCCUGAUGAUCAGUGUAGCCCCAGCAGUGCCACCUGUCAGUGUCCAUCAGUGCCAUGUGCCAGUGCUCAUCAGUGCCUCGUGCCAGUGCCCAUCAGUGCCACAUCAAUGCCACAUAUCAGUGCCUACCAGUACACAUCAAUGCCACAUAUCAGUGCCCAUCUGAGCUGCCUUUCAGUGUCACCCAUCAGUGCCAUUCAGUGCCACCUAUCAAUGCAAAACAGUGCCACCUAUCAGUGCCAGUCAGUGCCGACUAUCAGUGCCGCCUAACAGUGCCAGUCAGUGCCGCCUAACAGUGCCAGUCAGUGCCGCCUAUCAGUGCCAGUCAGUUCCGCCUAUCAGUGCCAGUCAGUGCCGCCUAUCA